UAUAUUUCUAUGCAAGCAUCGUCGAUACUCAGUUUCGAAAACGAGCUGCGGAUUAAAGUUGAAGACUGCAUAUGUAAAGAAACAGGGCCUUUGAAAGUAUGCUUCGAAGUCGCCUUCUGUUCCGUUAUACAGUGCCUCUCUGAGGAGUUCCUUCCGAGGUUUCUCAACAGCAAGUUCUAUUCGAAGCUUCUUCAGGAUCUGUAUAGCGCAGCUAAUAAUGACCAGGACCUUGCAUUAAGUCUUGCAUGCACCGCUUCAGAAGAUCUGACCGGCCUGGAAGACUUGCCUAAGUUUUCGGCUAAGCUUAGCAGUACGGAGAGUUUGGUUCAAAGUUCAAGGUUUUGCGACAGUGGAAGUUUAUGUAGCGUCGAUUCCUUAACUUCAAAAAGCACCCUGAAAUUUGGCAUCGCGCACUUGGAUCCAAUGGGCCGCUACAUAAGGGACAUAUCAGAACUUCCAAAAAGCAGUGGUUCGCAAAGAAGUGCCUUUUUCUCAGAAAAGCUUCGGAAGUUCAUUCAACCAAAUCAGACCGAGGAACAGGUAUGGAUGGCCGAACAAGUAGCUGAACUGAUCGUGGAGGACAUAAAACGGAUGACCGCCAGCGCAAACGCGCUUUCGCAAAACACUCAGCUGUGA